AGUUUGAUAGAACGACAUUUGUAUUCAAGCACGUUUAUUUUUAUGCAAUCGUUUUUGCAAAAACAAAGUACGGUGUGAAUGUCUGUUGCUAAAACAAAUCAAUUAGCGAUUUAUUAUUGCGUUAAAGUAGAUACCCUUUCAAUUUAAGAACGGCUGCAUUCGUAUCCCUGAUCACUUGCUUAAUGUCAUGGGCAGUCCCAGUUUUGGGAACUUUGGUCCAUUAAUUGGUGUGGUCUACGUGAGCAGUACACAUUGCCGAUUCCUUAUUUAUUCAACCAAAAAUGCGGAAGUUUUAACAUUUCAUCAAUUGAAAUUACGGCAAAUUGUGCACAAUGCUGGUUGGUUAGAAUACGAUCCUAUGGAAAUAUGGAAGAGUACGCAAGAAUGCAUCGAAACUGCCUACAAAAAUCUAAUUAUUUUGGAAAUCAAUCCGUAUGAUUUAGUAGCAAUAAGUAUUUGCAGUCAGCGUGGAACAACACUUUUAUGGGACAAAGAUACGGGAAAUCCUUUGUGUAAUGCUGUUGGUUGGAGCGAUUGCCGGACAUCUUCUCUUUUGAAGACGGUUCUUAGUAAUGUAAAUUACGAUGUAGAUUACUUGCGACACAAAACAGGGCUACCAUUAAGUACAUGUUUCAGCGCCCUCAAAAUCAGAUGGCUUCAGGAAAAUAUAACAGCUGUAUCCGAAGCUUUAGAGGUCGGUACGUGCCUCUUUGGCACAAUUGAUUCUUGGAUACUAUGGAAUCUUACUGGAUCAAAUACAAGUGGAGUACAUAUGACUGAUGUUACCAAUGCAGGUUAUACAAGUCUGAUGAACGUUCAUACUCUCCAAUGGGAUGCUAAGAUAUGCCAAUUUUUUCGUAUUCCCAUGGAAAUACUGCCGCGAAUUCGUUCAAAUUCUGAAUUAUAUGGUUACGUAGUAGGAGGUUCACUAAACGGACUACCGAUCGCAGCGUGCAUUGGCGAACAGUCUGCUGCCCUAUUAGGUCAGUUACAAACAAAAGUUGGUCAAAAUGUUUGUAUAAUUGAUGAAAGUUGCUUCGUGCUGCUUAACACUGGUGAAGAAUUAAUAGAUUCUUUUAAUGGAUUACUGUCAGUAGUAGCAUAUAAAUUAGGCCCAAAAGUUCCUGCUUACUAUUCAUUAGAAGGUGCUAUUUCUAAUGCUGGGGCAACGGUCAGUUGGCUAAAGCAAGGAUUACGUAUAUGCACUGAAAUCAAUUCUAAUGAUAAUGCUGUAGAAGUCCUCAACACAUUUCUUGGAGAGAGUUCUAUGAUUUCAUCUUCUUGUUCAUCAGGUAUGCUAAAUGCCGAUUGUGGAUUGGCAGCAAAGCGUUCAGAGAUAACAUUUGUGCCUGCUUUUCAUGGAUUAUACGCGCCAUAUUGGCGUUAUGAUGCGCGAGGCGUUCUACUAGGUUUAACUAGUCAAACCACAGCAGAAAAUGUCACGCAAGCUGCUUAUGAAGCAACUGGUUUCCAAAUUCACGAAGUAUUAGAUGCAUUUAAACGUGAUACACCCACAUGGAAUCGUAAAAGCCACAAAAAACGAAUUAUAUUUUGUGGCGACUAUGCCGAGAACAACGCUUUCGUGCAAUUCAUUGCAGACAUUGUUGGUUGUUUGCUGGAAAGGCCUCAAACGACAUCACCUGCAUGUUUAGGGGCAAUGAUAUGUGCUGGUAUAACAAUGAAUGUAGUAUCUUUGCUACAGGCAGAAGUGAUGUAUCCGCCACCCGUGGAUGCAUUUAGUCCAACAACAACUGUGAACCGGCGAGAACAACUGUAUAAACGAUGGAAUUAUGCGGUGCGGAAAUGCUUAAAUUGGAAUAACUUCGCUACUUAUGAGGAGGACUUGGAACUUUUUGCGCAACGCGACAGUGAUCCCAAUCUUCCAAUACGCCGUUCGCUACCUGGCAGCAUAUAUAUAACUAGUUCGUUUGUGCUUUUGCUUAUAGCAAACUUUUUGCGUGGCCGUAACAUUACAUAGGCAAAUGUAUAUACAGGUAUAAAAAGUGUUUGAAAAGAUAAAUGUAUUCCUAUUGUU